AUGGUAACAAAAGCAAUAACUUCGGUAAAGAGAGAUGUGGUAAUAUCAUUCCUUAUUGAGAAAGUUCUACUGACUAUAAGAGAAAAAUGGCCAAGAGAUGAGUUUGAGUCAACAAUAUUUAUCCAGCAGGAUAACGCAAGAACGCAUAUAAAUCAUGAUGAUCCUUUAUUCUGUGAAGCUGCCACCAAGGAUGGGUUUGAUAUUCGUUUAAUGUGGCAGUCUACAAAAUCUCCAGAUUUGAAUAUCUUAGACCUUGAUUUUUUCUCGGCUAUACAAUUAUUGCAAUACAAGGAAGCACCGAAAACUAUUGAUCAACUUAUUGAUGCAGUGGUGAAGUCAUUAGAAAAUUUUCCUUCAAUUAAGUCCAAUUGUAUAUUUGUAUCAUUACAACUAUGCAUGAUAGAGAUCGUGAAAGAGAAAUGUUCCAAUAAAUAUAAAAUUCCUCAUGUAAAUAAGGAAAGGCUUGAAAGAGUAGGACAACUACCAGUUCAAAUUAAGUGUGAUCUAAUAUUAGUACAAGAAGUCAAGAAUUACUUAAACCUUGAGUAA